CAUAACACACCACCACUACUACUGCUAAACGAAAUAACAAUCCCAAGAGAUAGAGAGAGAGAGAGACGAAGAAGAAGGAAGGAUGAGGAAGAAGGAAGAAGGAAGUAUGAAGUUUAAAGUAGAGAAGAAGAUGAGUCUGGAAGAAUACGUUGAUUUCUUCUCCGUUGAUACUGCCACGUCCGUCGACGACUUCACCAUCUCUUACCUCAAUCAGAUCAUUCAUAUGCACGGCUUCCGAAAGCUCCACAAAGCUCAUAAGAAAAUUCUAGGCGAAGUCGUGGAUGCACUAGAUCUAAUAGAUCCCUCUCGAUCGACUCUGAAUUCAGUCUCGUCCUCGUCGUCGUCGUCUUCCCUAACUCUCGACGAAGUCAUAACCGACAUCGAAGCUUUGAAAUGGCAGGAAUGCUGUUUCACCUCCCUCCAGAUCAUCAAUUCCGAUUCCCCAGUUCCCAAACCUUAUCAGACCAAAUCCAACAAGAGAAAGAAACCCUCCUCUAUGACUACGACGACGAUGAAGAAACCUCCUGCUGAUGACAAGAGAGUCACCACAACAACAACAACAACAGCAAUGAUCUCAUCAUUCCCCAGAAAGGUUCGAACCAAAAAGACUAUGAAGACCAUCACCUCUGUUAACGAAGCUGCUUCUGCACCUAAACCACUCUCUCACUACAUCACUUUCCCUUCCAGGUUUCCUACUACUAUCCCAUAAAUCUCACCUUCCACAUUCCAAACAAAACUGUGUGUUUCCUAAUUUUACUGUUUGUUCUUCUACAUAGACAUAGCUUUAUAUCAAUAGAGAGAUAACUAUGCAUUAUUCAAGCAAAAAUACAGAGUUACGUUACUA